AUGAAUCUCAGCAGAGCAUCCUUGGGCUUCUUGGGCCUGUUUUUCAUGGCCUCGGCCAUCUUGCUGAUCUUCCUUACUUUGUUGGGAGGUGCACGCAAUAGCAAUCCGCUGAAUCAGAUUUACUUCCUCCAGGCGGACACGGGGAAUAUUCCAGGUGCACCCGCAACCUCGCGUUGGACCUUCUGGAACCUCUGCGGCGUGACGGCGAAUGGCAGGAAUGACUGUGGAACGACGCAUGUGGAUUUCCCAUUCGACCCCCCGAGCCACCGUAACUUCGACACUACCGAAAAUGUCCCUCACCAAUUCAUCGGUACGAACCACUACUUCUUGACCUCGCGGUUCAUGUUCCCGUUCAUCAUUAUCGGCCUGUUCUUCGCCGUAUGCUCCCUGUUCACUGGCCUGCUGGCCAUGUGCACCCGCGUUGCCAGCUACCUCUCCGGUCUCUUGGCCUGGAUCGCUCUGACUUUCCAGGUCAUCACGACCUGUCUCAUGACCGCUGUCUUUGUCCAAGGCCGCCGUGCAUUCAGCCGUAACGGCCAAGUCUCAAAGCUGGGUGUCAAGGCCUUCGCAUUUAUGUGGACCGCAUCCGCCCUCCUCUUCCUGUCAUGCUUGAUGUACUGCCUUGGUGGCGCCGUCGGCCGGAAAGAUACCAGUGGGGGAUACAGUGGACGCAAGGAGCGCCGUCGUGGUUUCUUCUCCUCCCAGCGUAACGGCAGCGUCAAAAGCCAGAAGCAGGAGACGAGCGCAAACUACGCUUAA